UACCUGUGCAGUCACUUUGCCACUGUGCUGACACAAGUGAGGCUGACUUCACGUCAUCUUCUCGGCGUUAGAGGGAAAAGAAGCAAACUGUCUCCAUGUCUUUUGACCAAGACACCUGCUACCUUUGUAAGGAAUAUCUCAGGGACCCUGUGUCCAUCCCAUGUGGCCACGUAUUCUGCUCCAUCUGCCUGAAGACAUAUUGGGAUCAUGCUGAACACACCGGAUCGUUCAACUGCCCGGAGUGCAGGGUGUCCUACAGCAAGAGGCCAACUCCGAGGCGCAUUGGAGGCUCAAGGCACUCCACGCUCCAACGCAACACUGAGUCCUUUCCACCUCCACCUCCAUCCCCCGACUACAACGUCGCUGGACCCCAGGAUGUAGGUUGUGACAUCUGCGUUGGCAAGAAGCAGAAAGCCGUCAAGUCCUGCCUGAUGUGUCUGGCGCACUACUGCGAGAAGCACCUGAAGCCCCACUAUGAGUCAGCCACCUUCAAGAGGCACAAGCUGGUGGAUGAAAUCGGCCACCUGGACAGGCAGAUCUGCCCGCAGCAUCAGAAGGGUCUGGAGCUGUUCUGUCGCACCGACCAGAUGUGUAUCUGUGUGCUGUGCACGGUGAAAGAGCACAAAGGCCACGACAUGGUGUCAGCUGAGCAGGAGAGAUCUGAGGAACAGCAACGGCUGGGCGCCACCCAGGCUGAGAUCCAGGAGAGGAUUCACGAUCGCCUGAAGCAGAUGGAGGAACUAAAGCAUGCGGUGGACUCUCUCAAGAGCUCAGCCCAGAGGGCGCUUCAGGAUUGCGAGAAGAUGUUUGGCGACAUGAUGCGCUCCAUUGAGAGGAUGCAGCAAGAGAUGGCAAAGCUGAUAUCCUCCAACAAGCGGGCAGCACUCAACAAUGCAGAGAGCCAUCUGGAGCGUCUGACUCAUGAGAUCGCCGACCUGAAGGCGAGAGACAACGAGAUCACCCAGCUGUCUCGCACCGAGGACCACAUCCACUUCAUCCAGAGUUACCACAUGCUGAUUGCACAAACAGAGGCCGAGGAGCUGCCGUCGGUGAGCGUCAACCCGUACUUCUCCUUCGGCCCGGUGACUAAAGCAGUCUCUGAGCUGAAACAGCAGCUGAAUGAUUCCAGCAAUGACGAACUGGUUAAGGUAGCCAAGACAGUUAACAAAAUGACCUUCUGUGAACUGGAGGAUUCCAAAAAGAAACAAUAUCAAUCAAUAAAAAGUGACGAAGCUCCCAUGUACAAGUCUAUGCCAGUCAAGGAGCCUCAGUACAGGGAGGACUUCCUGAGAUAUGCUUGCCAGCUCACCCUUGACCAAAACACAGCCUACAGACAGCUUUACUUGUCACGAGGGAACAGAAAAGCUGCCCUCAAGAGAGACCCCCAGUCCUACCCUGACAGCCCUGCCAGGUUCGACUCCCUGCCCCAGGUCUUGUGUAAGGAGCCCCUCUCUGGAGGCACCUACUACUGGGAGGUAGACUGGAGUGGGGAGGGGGCUUCCAUCGGCAUCGCCUACAAAGGCAUCAAGAGAACGGGCUACGGUGACAGCUGCCGCAUCGGCUACAACCGCAAGUCAUGGAGCCUUUUCUGCUCUGAUUCCAGUUACUCAGCCCGCCACAACAAGGACCAGCAAGAGGUCAACGCGCCCUACUCCUCCCGCAUCGGCGUUUUCCUGGAUCACGCCGGGGGUACUCUCUCAUUCUACACUGUUGGGGAAACCAUGUCUCUAAUCCACCGCUUUAAGGCCUCCUUUAGUGAACCUGUCUAUCCAGGCUUCUGGGUUUGGUAUGAGUCAGCCAUUACCAUUAUCCAGCUGUGAUUAAGUAACACAUAUCCAAAGAUCAGUGGGUGUGGAUGACGAGUACUGUUGUGAGAAAAUAUGCUUUUGUUCCCCCCCCCCUUUUUUUUCUAAUAUUAGAUCGUUGUUUUGUUUGCUAUCCAAUAUGUGCUGAUGGGGGAAACGAUGCUUGAUGAGCAAAUAUUCAGCAAAUCAACAUGUGUUCAGUGUAAAAUUAGUUGUAGAAAGUCAAUGAGCAUUUACUAAUUCAGAAAUAAUAUAGUAUAUGCAUAUUUACACUAUAAUUCAAAAUAAUGAACCUUGUACAAUGUGAUGACCAUUUGUGAUAUUAUGCUUUUUUUUAUCAAAUAAACUUUUGGUAACAAG